GGCAUUGCCGGGGGGCCGCUGUUCAUCAACGUCUGCAGCUGGACGAGGGUGCCGGCGCCCAAGGCCCCCACUGAUCCCACACCUGUCAGCGCGGGGCCGCUGGAAGUGGUGUCUGGCGAAGGAGACCUUUACAGCAUUAUAGAUAUUGCAUAUAACCCAGAUGUUCUUCAGAGGGGAGACGAAAACCCAGAAAAAAUGGACCACUUGAUCCAUUUGACACUUAAAUUCAUUGAGGAACGAUGCAACCUUAUUCUUUCUGAGUUGUACACCAUUCAGCCAUUCAAACUGAAAGGCAGCCUGGAAACAAUGCAGCAGCGUCUGAAAGGAAGGCAGAUGCCAACUCCGCACCUCAGUCAGAACACAAAGAAGGAACUGACACUCGAUCAGCUGCUGCUCACUAUGGAAGCUGAGGACUGCAGCAAUGCUCCUGUGCUGCUGAAGGAAGAAAGUGUGACACAGUCUAAAGUGCAUCUGAUAAAGGAAAUUGCCAGUACUGAAGUGCCAGACAAGCUAAGUACCCCUGUCUAUGAAAUGAUCACCGUGAGGGAUGCAAACAAGAAACCACUCCAAAUUGAACUCAAAAUUGAAUUGCCUAAGGUUAGCUCUGUUUCUGAGUGUGAUCUGAGAAUUUCAAAGGAUGACAUAAUCCUUGAAGUCCCGGAAAAAUACGAAUUACAGCUAGAUCUGCCAGAAUUAGUGGAUGAAGAAACAACUACAGCAGUAUUUAACAAAGGAAAACGAGUAUUGUUUAUCACAGUGCCAGUUACCAAGACAGAUCCUUAA